UUAAUAAGACGAGGCUCUCCAUUUAACCAAACACAAACACAAUCAACUUCACAAAAACCCAUCUCAUACCAUACCAAACCUUGAACGAGAGAGCAGAAGACCAGAUUAAUUUCACAGCAAUUCUCGAAAGGGUCUCUGGUUUACUCUCUCAUUGAUUCAUUCUGGUACGUUUCACUAAUUGCCCUCUUCCAUUUAUUGUUGUUUCUGGUUUCAUCAAUGCCUUGGAAGUGUUCAACCCAAACACCAAUUAAAGAUUGAACAGAUCUUGGGUUUUCAUUUUCAAGUACCAAAAUGAGGGACUUCCCAUCUUGUUUUGGUGAAAAUGGAGUUGAAGUUGCUGACACUUUGUGUUCAAACACAAAUGUGAGUAAAGCCUCUCAAAAUGUGGUUACAAGCAUAUAUAGGUGUAAAUUGCUAGGUCAAUCUUGCUUCGUCACCAUCACAUGGAGCAAGAAUUUGAUGGGUCAGUGCCUUAGUUUUGAAAUCCAUGAUUUGGCAAGUUUCUGUCUCUGUAAAGUUGAUGUCAAGCCUUCUCUUUUCUCAAAGAGAAAAGGGUCCAAGUGUUUAGAGCUAAAUCGUAGUAGCAAAAUUGACUUCUAUUGGGACCUCUCUUUGGCGAAAUUCGGAUCUGGGCCGGAGCCUUUGGAAGGUUUUUACUUCGCAGUGGUGUGUAAGGGUGAGAUGGUUCUCCUCAUUGGGGAUCUGAGGAAAGAGGCAUUCAAGAAGACCAAUGCUACCCCUGCUCUGUCCAAUGCAAUUUUCAUCUCCAAGAGGGAGCACCUUUUUGGGAAGAGGGUGUAUGGUACCAAGGCUCAAUUCUGCAAUAAAGGGCAGCUUCAUGACCUCACAAUUUUGUGCGAUACGGUUGCGGAUGCUGAUCCAUGCCUUGUGAUUCAUUUAGACAGUAAGAUGGUGAUGCAGGUGAGGCGCCUGCGAUGGAAGUUUCGCGGAAAUGACACCAUUUUGGUUGAUGGCCUUCCGGUAGAAGUCUUCUGGGAUGUCCACAAUUGGUUGCAUGGUACAACUUUGGGUAGUGCAGUUUUCAUGUUCCAAACUUGUUUCUCAGCUGAGAAGUUGUGGACAAGCCAAACAUUCUCUGAUUCCUAUACGUCGCCUUGGUCUUGUCCACAGAGUUUCACUGAGUCUAAAUUAUCAGGUCUUGGUUUUUCAUUGGUUCUGUAUGCUUGGAAGAAUGAGUAGACUUGUAUUCCUCAAUUUAUUGGUAACAAAUAUUUUUAGUGAAAUAAUAUGAUUGAAUUGUAUCCAAUCUGGUAUAUAAAGUGGGUAUGGUGAUUUUUCUUC